AUGCUUAAUACUUAUGGAGAGUCCAAAUAUUUUACAGGCACUCAUUUACAGACAUACGAAGACCUCUAUAAACAGGUGGACCCGACGGCCAGUAAUUACAUCAAAGCCAUCGACGCCGCAAACUUUCUCAAGAAGUCAGGUCUCACUCAAUCCACUCUCGGAAAGAUUUGGGAUUUAAGUGAUCCGAACUGUAAUGGAUUCCUGGAUAAGAGGGCACUUACAAAACGGAAGACAACCAGCGAUACAAGCGUUGACUCUCGAUAUACAUCUCACUGUUGCUCUUCACUCUCACCACAGGUGGACCCGACGGCCAGUAAUUACAUCAAAGCCAUCGACGCCGCAAACUUUCUCAAGAAGUCAGGUCUCACUCAAUCCACUCUCGGAAAGAUAUGGGAUUUAAGUGAUCCGAACUGUAAUGGAUUCCUGGAUAAGAGGGCACUGUUUGUGGCACUAAAACUGAUAGCAUUAGUACAAAACGGAAGACAACCAGCGAUACAAGCGUUGACUCUCGAUAUACCGCCGCCUAAAAUGGGAGAACCAAUCGAUUGGUCUAUUAGUCAAAGCGAUGUCCAAAAAUAUAGCGAUAUAUUUGAGACAUUGAAUCCAUUGGACGGCAAACUGACGGGAAAUAAGAUGAAGCCUAUUAUGAUGGACUCGAAACUGCCGGUCGAUCUGUUGACCAAAAUAUGGGAUUUAAGUGACACCGACGAAGACGGCUCACUUGAUCUACAAGAGUUUACUUUGGAAUCGUGGUCUGCGUUCGACAGCACACCUCAAAUGAUGGCCAACCAGUUAUCACCUGUCAAUCCGGACAUUAGUUUUAAAAAUUCGUUUAAUAAAACAGGUUUAAUGACUUGGAUUGUGAGCGCAGCCGAUAAAGCGAAAUACGAUGAGUUGUUUCAAACACUGGACCUGGAUUUCGAUGGAUACGUGACCGGCGCUGAUAUCAAGAAUACUUUAGUUCAAAGCGAAAACGGCAAAUUAAAUACUGAACAAUUUGCUCUCGCAAUGUAUUUUGUAACACAAAAGCAAAUGGGAUUAGAAUUGCCUCAAAAUCUAAGCCCUGAUAUGAUUCCACCGACUCUACGGCCAAAACCCGUUGGAAUCGAUUCUAUCAAUGCCUUA